CUCUGGACGACUCACAAGAUCGCGUAAUUAAGUUACCUCCGAUAUUGCUUUUUUGCACGAGGGAUUGAGCAAGAUCUUCACGUCGCAUGUGAAAGGAUUGUUGUUGGGUGUACAGUAAAAAGAUGGCUAACAUAGAUGCUGCGCAACAGAUACUUGGAACAAGUAGUUCUUCUGACAAAAGAAUUCCCAUAGAACUUUUGGACUAUGACUACAUUGGGAAAUGUACAGAUGCAAAAGAACUGGAGAAGAUCUACAAAAUUCUCAGGUCUGGUACCGAGGGUUACUACCCUGACCUUGUAGACUUCUGUGAGAAAAAGCUAGCAGACAUUGCUCCGAAGAGUAAAUUACUGAGGAAGGAGGUUACCCCAGCUACGGAGUUUGACCUGGGCAAAGAGGAGUGGACAAAGGUCAACAAUGACGUCAAGGAAUGGGCCGAUGACAUUUCCAAGGAGGGGAGCAUAGAUGGAGAAGAGGCCACGGACGAGAACUUACCACCUGUUCGAAAUAGGGGUGUGAUAAACACAGCAGGCAAGAAGAACAAAUCUUCCAAGGAGUGGGGGAAGCCGUCGUCAGAGCGGAUCAAAGGGUCGGACUUCAAACAGUGGGACAAGUAUGAUGCUGAUGAAGAAGAAGCCAAAGUGGAGGACAAGGAUGAAGGCAUGAAAGCUGCCUACGAGAAACUGGCAAGAGCCCGAUCAGCCACAGAGGCCAGAGCGGAAAUUGAUACAAGUGGUAUGUCAGACCGAGAACGAGAAGCUGUGGCAAACAGAGAGAAAGACAAAGGAAACGAGGCAUUCCGUGCCAGUGAUUACCAAGAAGCUAUUCUCUACUAUACCAGGAGUCUAUCUGUGGUAGCUUCUGCUCCUGCGUUCAACAACAGGUCCCUAGCAAGAAUUAAACUAGGAGAGUAUGAAGGAGCAGAGAAAGACUGUACUAAGGUGCUGCAACUAGAGCCUACCAACAUCAAAGCCCUUUUGCGGAGAGGAACAGCCAGGAAAUCUCUGAAGAAUUACGAGUUGGCUCUCAAAGAUCUGCAGGCUGUACUUCAAGUAGAACCCAACAACAAGCAGGCUUUGGACAUGGUGAAUGAUGUUGUGACUAAGAUGGGGAAGGAUAAGACGCAGGUCGGGGACAAGCUUUCGAACGGUGAAACCAAGGAAACCAAAGCCAAGUCUGGAGGCAGGAGACUAGUCAUCCAGGAGGUGGAGAGCGGCGAGGAGGAGGACGAUGAGGAGAAUGGAUCUCGACGCCAAGCAAGCAGUGGCACCAGUGAAACGGACGGUGGCACUUCCAGCAAGUCCAAGAAGCCACCUCCUUCAUCUGAUGCCUCUACUGACCUUGCUCAGGCCAAGAAUGCACCCCAAACAUUGAAAGAGGUACCAACACCGACCCCGCCCAAGCCUGCUCCAUCCCUUCCUGGUGCAGUGGUUUCUCUCAAGGAUGAUGGCAAUGACUUCUUCAAGCAGGGGCAGUAUGGAGAUGCUAAUGAUCGCUACAGCAAAGCCAUCAUGACUCUGGAAAAGGACAGGGAAGUGUACCCCAUGGGAUUGUCAACUCUAUUCAGCAACAGGGCAUCCUGUCAUCUCAAGUCCGGCGAUCCCAAAGCCUGCGUUGAGGACUGCACAUCGGCUCUUGAACUUAACCCCAACAACGUCAAGACGUACUUGAAGAGGGCCCAGGCGUACGAGAUGCUUGAAAAGUACGACUAUGCCUAUGUAGAAUUCAAGACAGCGAUGAACUACGACAUGUACAAUACCAAUGCACAAAAUGGAGCCAGCAGGAUGCUACCCAUUUUGAAGGAUAAGCAUGGGAAGCAAUGGAGAGAGAAAUUACCCUCGGUACCCAAAUUUCCCAGCGUUCCCUGGCCAGCCUAUGUGACCUCUAACCUUGGUUCCUCCACCACCCCCGCCACUUCUACCACCACCACCAUGACAACAGAUUCAGGGACUCACACCGGCUCUGUGUCUACCCCAGCACAGGUGCAGUCCACCAAACCAGCUGCCAAAACCAGUACUGCACAAAUCACACCCCCUGUGGCAGAAGUCCCUUCGUCAUCGUCAUCUACCACCCCUUCUGCUGCAAAGGCCACACCCAGUGCCCAAAAGGGAGCUCCGCCCUCUUCUGAAGGGGGCGUGUCAUCACCCAGGAAGACCACUCCUACCGGCAGUCCUUCCCCUGCAUCACCAUCACAACCGUCACCAGGAGGAGCAGGGCAGAGGAAGAGUGCUCCGGAUAAACCAAAGACGAAGGAUGAGAGGUUCCAGGAAUUCAAGGGUCAGGGCAAUGACCUUGUGAAGCAGGGAAAGUACAGUCCAGCCAUCGGCUGUUAUAGCCGUAGUAUAGAGGUAGACCCUAGCCAGGCUGUCAGCUACUCCAACAGAGCUCUCUGCUAUCUCAAGCUGGACCUGCCAGAAGAUGCAAUCGAGGACUGCAACGAGGCACUGAAGAGGGACCCCAAGGGAAUCAAAGCUCUCUAUCGCAGAGCCCAGGCAAGAAAGAUGUUGGGCAGCUUCCGGGAGAGUGUUAAAGAUCUGAUGGAUCUGCUCAAAAUAGAACCCAACAAUGCACCUGCAAAGAAGGAACUAGACAUUGUGAAAGACGCCUGGAGAAAGGACAUGAGGGAUAAGCAGAACCAGGCAGCUCAGGAGAGCAAGCCGAGCGAAGGAAAAAAGAGUGCAGAGAACGGCGUAAACAAGAAGAAGAAAUCUGGAAAGAGAAUGCAGAUUGAGGAAGAGGAUGCGAGUAGUGAUGAAGAUAAGGAGCCAGUAUCCACAAAAAACAAAGCUCACACAACCUCUCAACCAGGAAGUCACUCUGAGGGGAGAGCAAAGUCGGCAACCUCAUCACCAGCAACUGAGAAGGGAGUUGCAGACACAGGCAAGAAAGAGAACAGGAAGAAGGAUUCUACUGCUGCGGAGGAAAAGGGGAGAAGUUUGACAAGCCAUCGUCUUCAAAAGUUGCCAAUGGUGUGCCAGCUCAAAAAAAGGUUAAUGACCGCCUAUGAAUUCAUGCAAGAAUGGACAUCACUCAAGAAGAGGAAGAACGUAGAGGGCCAUGCCAGACUCUUGAAGCAAGUCCAGCCGCAUGAUAUUCCAAAGGUUCUGAGCAACAAGCUUGAUGGAGAGAUGUUGACCAAGAUCUUGAGUGCGUCUGCCAACCACCUAGUGGAAGAAGACCCUGCCUUCACGUACCAGCUCCUCAACAAGCUACGAUGUGUAGAUCGCUUCAAGACCAUCGCCAUGUUCCUCACCAAAAUGGAUAAAGACAACAUGCAAAGAUGCAUGAACAUGAUCUCAUCAAAGCCAGAGGUAUGCAAGGAAGAGGAUCUCAAGAAGCUAAGGAAAGCCUACCAGAUAUAG